GUUGAAACCGUCAAAUUCGCUUUCGCGGGAGAAGGAAGAUCGCAUCGAGCCAUGGCAACCAGCGCGGCAAUCCGUUAUGUCAAGUCGUUCGUCCAUGGCAAGCACGUGCGCGGUCGUGGUAUGGCCAGGACACUGUAUGACCCGAGCACGAAUGCUCCCGCGAUCGAGUUCCACGACGUCGACGAGGGACAAGUUGCGGACGCGGUCGCGAGUGCGGCGUCGGCCCAGCCCGCGUGGGCGUCGCUGUCACCUGCGGCUCGAGGGGCAAUCCUUCGACGAGCGGCCGCAAUCUUGCACGACGAGACCAAGGACAUUCAAAUCCUCGAGAGCACGGACACCGGCCGCGUCAUUUCGGAAAUGGAAGGCGAUAUCUUGAGCGCCACAGACUGCCUCGAGUACUUUGGGGGGUUGGCACCGACAUUAGGCGGGCAGAUGAUGGACUUCCACACUCCCAACUGGGCGUACACGCGUCGCGAGCCGUUCGGGGUCACUGCCGGGAUCGGCGCCUGGAACUAUCCCCUUCAAUCCGCUGUGUGGAAGAGUGCGCCAGCCCUUGCAUUCGGCAACGCUAUGGUAUUCAAGCCAUCCGAAGAAACGCCGCUGACCGCCAUCCGACUCGCCGAAGUUUACGCAAGGGCGGGGCUUCCCCCCGGUCUCUUCAACGUAGUGUUGGGUGGCGGUGCAGUCGGGUCGACCUUGAUCCACCACGAGGCUGUGCGAAAAGUGUCGUUCACAGGGUCCGUGGCGACGGGGAAGCAGGUGUAUGCGUCAUGUGCGUCUCAGCUCAAGCCGGUCACGAUGGAACUCGGCGGCAAGUCGGCCCUCAUUCUGUUUGACGAUACCAACUUGGACGACGCGGUGGCGGGUGCCAUGCUUGCAAACUGGUAUUCCAACGGCCAAGUGUGCUCGAAUGGCACGCGGGUGUUUGUGCAUGCGUCGCUGCACGACGCGUUCGUGAGCAAAUUGAUUGCUCGCACGCAGCACCUCCGUGUCGGUCCCCCGCUGGCCAAAUCGUCUCAAGUCGGCCCGAUGAUUCACGCAGCGCAUCUCGCGAAAGUCCAAGAGUACAUUCGCAUCGGCGUCGAACAGGACAAGGCCACGCUCUUCUACGGCGGCAUCGCUCCAUCUGCCAACGCCUCCGUGGACCCCCGUGGCAAUUACAUCCUUCCCGCCGUCUUCACCAACUGCACCGACAGCAUGCGCAUCGUUCAAGAAGAAAUUUUUGGCAUGGUGCUGUGCGUGCUGCCGUUCGAGACAGAAGACGAAGUCAUCGACCGCGCCAACGCGACAUCGUUUGGCUUGUCUGCGGGGGUAUUCACCAACGAUUUGAAGCGCGCGCAUCGCGUGCUUCACAAACUCAACGUCGGGACAGCCUGGAUAAACACGUACAAUUUGGCGCCGGUCGAGCUCCCGUGGGGAGGAUCCAAGCAGUCUGGCAUCGGGCGGGAAAACGGCGUAGCUGCUGCCAACGCAUGGACACAGCUCAAGAGCGUGUACGUCGCCAUGGACGACAAGUUAGCCAACCCGUUUGACUGAGCUAUACAACACGGCGUCAACUGAAAGAGGGCCGUCCCUUUGGCCGGUCGCGAUUGCAACAGGUCGAAGCUGUGUGCUAGCCGUCCUUCAGGUGCAUGGGUAGUGUGUCGGCAGCAUGUACAGCACUUGGUUCUUCCCGGC